GCCCCCUCGCCGCGGCCCCCUCUCCGCCUCGCUCGGUUGCUGCUCUCGCUCCCGGGUCAGACGGCCGGAGCGAGAAGAUGGCGAAGACGUACGAUUAUCUGUUCAAGCUGCUGCUGAUCGGCGACUCGGGGGUGGGCAAGACCUGCCUCCUUUUCCGCUUUUCGGAGGACGCCUUUAACACCACCUUCAUCUCCACCAUCGGAAUUGAUUUUAAAAUCAGAACGAUAGAACUUGAUGGAAAGAAAAUUAAGCUUCAGAUAUGGGACACAGCAGGUCAGGAAAGAUUUCGAACCAUCACGACAGCAUACUAUAGAGGAGCCAUGGGAAUCAUGCUGGUCUAUGACAUCACAAAUGAAAAGUCCUUCGACAAUAUUAAAAAUUGGAUAAGAAACAUUGAAGAGCAUGCCUCUUUAGACGUGGAAAGAAUGAUCCUGGGUAACAAAUGCGAUAUGAAUGACAAAAGACAAGUGUCAAAAGAAAGAGGGGAGAAGUUAGCAAUUGACUAUGGGAUUAAAUUCUUGGAGACAAGUGCAAAAUCCAGUACAAAUGUAGAAGAGGCAUUUUUUACACUUGCACGAGAUAUAAUGACAAAACUCAACAGAAAAAUGAACGACAGCAAUUCAUCAGGGGCAGGUGGACCAGUGAAAAUAACAGAAAACCGAUCAAAGAAGACCAGUUUCUUCCGGUGUUCGCUACUUUGAUGAACUUUUUCUGAGAGACUGCAGCACACCUAGAGGACCCUUUCCUGCUUCUCUGAAAGCACAGGUCACCCAGCCUCAGAAUCACACCGCCAGGCUGCUGCUGAGAGCACCACCGAGCCUAGACCUCUCGACACGGAACACCUAGUGGAUUCCAGCCACACGGCCUAGCGAGAUAACAGGCUCCUUUUUUUCAAACAUGGAAGCAAUGAAAUGGAGACACAUGCAAGACUUGUUUUUCUCUUUGUUUUAUUGCCUGUUGCAGAAGCUGCUAUCUUUUCUUUUUCACUUUGCACAUCAGUGUUAGCCAUUCCCUGUUAUAGCAGUCUUAGACUCUCACAUGCACACUUUUGUCUCAUAAAGUUCUAGACAAAUUUGUGCUUUGGGGAUGUUUAAAACAAGAGUAGAACAUUUAAAGCAGAGGUCAAUAUAACUAAAAUUAAAGGACAUUUGGUUUGAUGUUAUUAAAGGACAUAUGGCCAGAUGUUAUUACAUUCAUGGCAUUUACUUAAGGGCUCUGAUUUGUGAUUUUCUUAAAUAAGAAUCAUUAAAUUCUGAUAAAAUUUAUCUUAAAAAUUUAUAAAAAUGUCCACCUAUUCAUCAUAGGCUUUAAUUUUUUUAUUUCUUAUUGUUUAGCACUUUGCUUCACUCUUGACUUUUUAGCCAGAGUCUGGGUAGCUGAAGAAAUCACUUUUCAGUUGAUUCCCUCUGCCUAAUCUAUAAAAACUGCAUUUGGAAAUGACCUUAAUCUCAUUUUUCCUGGGGUUCAUAUUUGCUGUCUUUUCCUAUAUUUGACCUAUUGUAAUCAGUCAGUUAUCUAAAACAUAACAUAUUUGACCAUUGUUGUCUGCUCCUAGUUGUGAACUCUUGAGCUGAAAUUUUACAUGGGCAGAGAGAUGUACCAUUUAGGGUUUUAUUUCAGUGUCUAAUUGUGGUUCCAUCACAUUAGCAUACAUAAUAUAUUUUGUCUUAGGUUUACUCCCCAGCUUGCUGAUUUAGUUGUAAUACCCAAUUCCUACCAUGAUUCCUGUGUACAAGAGUUAACAAGAGUUAAUUUAAAUUUUAAAGCUUACCUAAAGGAAGAGAUAUGACUUUUUAACAUAAAUUUAGUAGAAAUAGCUCUUGGUAAUGGUGAAAAUGACUUUUCGUUCUGUUUUUACUUGGGUUUUUAAACAAAAUAAGAAUAAAUAGACUUAGUGCAGCCUCUAGGAAAAGUCUUGCUUUUUCAUUAGAGACAAUAUGAGCAAGGUUUCAGUUUUAAAACAGCUACUGUUGAAUGUGUAGAACCCAGUUCCAUCUGUUCAGGUUUGUUGUUAAAGAACUUGGUCCAGUCAUCUGGGCUGAAGCCAACCAAAAGCUUAGCUGUCUUUCUCACCAAACCCUGGAACUGGGAUACCUUUUGUAGAUGAAACCAUCACAUAGGAAAAGAAAGGGAUUUAGUGUUAACUGUGUGCCAAAUUAAGGUCAUGAUGUCAUUGCUGUUAUCCUAGCCUUCAGUGUCUUAACACAGGGGAGUAACAAAGAGGUGAUGAAGGAAAUGAAUUCUGUUGAUAAUUAUUCCUCCUCUUAGGCCUGUUUUGUUUCAGAGUUUACCAUCAUGCUUGAAAUUAAGUAUUGGAAAUGGAAGUGGAAACAUUGCUUGUUACCACAGAGAAUUCUGCUUCAAAUUAAGAUGUAUCAUAGGAUGCCUGAACCAUUAAAACUUUUUGAAAACUUAUGCACAAUUUAGCUAUAGCAAACAUAAAUAUUCCAGAGCUAUUUUUGAUGGGUACACUUAACAUUGUUAACAGAUUUUUUAAAAACUUACCUAUAGGCUUAAAGGCAUCUGUUGGUGUCCAAGUAUAAUCAAGUGGUUCCUUGCAUGAAAGUUUGUAAGUCUACCAUCUUAAAAUUAGAUACAUCUUUGGAAAUAAAAAAUAAUUUCUUAGAAACAUCUUGUAUUCACUAAUAUUCUGAAAAAAAAUUCCAAGCAGUUAAGCUUUCUGGAGGGUAACAAAGUAGUUUCUAAAAGGCAAGUGCUAUGACACCAUGUAUGAAUGUAAUUCUCUUAGUAAUUUACCUCUGACUAUUUGGUGUCUUAACACUUUGGUUUAUAUUAUCUCAGGGGUUAUCUGCAAACCAAAACUGACAUAUCCUAUGGUUAGCUUUUUUUUUUUUUUUUUUAACAAUGCUUUGCUUUUGUUUUAUUCUUUCUCUCUUCUUUUGUCUUAUAUGGAUUAAUAACUAGUCUCCAUGAAAUUCCCUUUGAAAGAGCCGUGAAAGCUAGAUGAGUCUAAAGGUGCUCUUUGAAGUAGCAGCAAUUUGGGGUAUAUGCUCUGUUGUAUAUAAACAAAUCGUCCUUGCUAUUUUCUUACAUUUAGUCUUGCUAAAUUGUAUAUAAUUUGAGCUAAGACCAUAGGAAAUUCACCUUCUGCAUGGUAAAAUGACCCAAUAAAUAUUCCAAUUUGCUUAAUAAUGUACAUAUAGUGCAUUAUUUUUUCUAUUUGUAGAUGAAUUUAGUGAGAGAUAAUUGUCUGUUCCCUGCUGAAACUGAAGAAAACUAGUUUUGUGUGAACAUUUCUGUGGCCUAUGGAUCAGUACAUGAAGAUUUUGCAGCAGUACUAGUGGUAUUCAGUGGCUGCACUUUAUUGUCAGUGUGCUCAUUUCUGCCACUGAUUGACUAGACCUUUUCAAAUAGAGUCUGAGGGUAUCAGACAAUGGAAUGUGCUGUAACUGAGCAGCAUGAAAAUCAGUGGAUUGUAAAAGGUUUCACUGGGAACUGAUUUUAGCUCUAUUUUACUUCAGACAGAUUAUAAGAAAACAACCCACCUGUGCAUCCGUUAGGAGGUGCUGCAGGGUUUCUUACUAUUUACAUGAACAUUUUGUGCAGUCUUGAUUAUACAUUUUCAGAAGACUAUACUCUUUACUUUGAAGGACUAUUUUUUAUUAUACCUCAUUUAGCUAACUAGUGUUCUAAUACCCGGUAGAAAAACAGUGAGCCAGCCUUUAUGCAUCCAACACAAUUUAGAUUAUAUGUUUUGUUUUGAACUAAAGGCAUCAUUGGGAAAGGUAGGAGGUAGUUUAGAAUAGAAAUACAUGUCAUAGCCAAUAGUGCAAAAAAGAAGUAUUAUCUCCAUUAAUAAAUUUAGCUGUGCAAUAUAGAUAAAUGUUUGCAGAAAUUUCUAAUAAGAGAUUAUAACUCCAUUUUACAGGUUCUAAUGCUGGGAAUCUGUAUUAAGGCUUAUAUAAAGUUUUUCCUGUGAACUGUAAGUGAUACAUUUAAGCAGACUUUCUUUUCUAGUUUAUGACUUAGACUUCUUUAUAAAUUUAGUUCUUAAUCUUUAAAGAUGAGCUUCUAAGCUUAAAAUUUUAGAACAGCACUUCAUUAUGUUGGUGUACUUGUGUCAGAUUGUAAGCAGUCUUUUCUGCUGUCAGGUUUUAUAGUUUUUCUUUUAACAGAAACUACAUUCCUUUUUCCUUCUUGUUAUAGCUAAAGAAGGGAAAGGAAUGUCUAAAAAUGAAAUUCCCUGUCCUAGCGAAACCUAGAGAGACAGGAUAUGCUAAUGAAAUUUCAAAUGCUAGCACAAUUUUACAAUAGAAUUGGUCUUUUUUAAAAGACUAAUAAAAUGAAUGAGUGUCAAGCUCACUAUGAAAAAAAAAUCUAAGUGACUGAAAUUUACAGAAAUAAAAAAUUAGCAAACAAUUAUUUUAGGGAUAUUUUCAAAUUUUACUUCAUUUUUUUUGAAAUAACUUAUACCAUAUGCAAUUGCAUUUCAUAUUGCCAACAACUAAUAGAACUUGUUUCAUUUUCUUACAUUUUUUAAAAAUGUGAACUUACUAGAAUUCAUUUCUGUGGCCUUACAGGUGGGUUUUUAUUUUGUUUGCAGCAGUUCCUUUAAUGCAAAAUGCCAUUACUCUUUUACUAAAAUCAUGCCCCCUAAUGGAAAAAUAUCUAGUUUUUCCAUAGAAUUAUCCCACUGCAUAUGUAUUGGUGUUUUUAUUUUUGCUUCAACAGCUUAAUGUGAAAAGCUCCUGCAGAUAAAGUGAGCCUGUCAUGUGGUUAGUCUUGUUUAAGCCAAUUCAUUAACUGUGUACUGAUACUGUUGCUGUGUUUUUGUUGUUUUUUAAGUGGAUUUUAUUCCAGGUGAACUUUUUUUAUAAUAACGUUCGUCUAAAAUAAAAACUACAUAAUGAAAAUA